AUUUCUGUGAUGAUAUCGUAUCACAUCACACAUUUUGACAUUUUCUUCGUCGUUGUUUUUCGUUUAUCCACCGAAUUACCGUCGAGUACCCAUGACAUAUUCACAAAAUAAAUACUAUUUUGUCAUGGUCUGACCCAUGAUAGAGUAAGGUUCUGACCACGGUCCGCGCUUGAAGAUAUAAUAUUAUGUUAAGAUCGUACCCACGGCUAUCAAGAUACAACUUUACUAUCAAGAUUCGAGAUAACUAAACAAAUAUAUCAUAUUAUUAUUAUCAUAAAAGAAUGUGUCAUCCAGUUCCUGUGUAGUGUCUAGUGAGUGUUCUUUCAUCUUUGGUGAUAAGUGAUUACUCGUUACUCGUCAGUGGUUUACAGUCAUUAAUAAUUGUCAACAUUCUAGAUCAUUAACUGAAAACAUUACACGCAUAGCCAAGAAAUAUAUUUUUCAAAUUUUUAUUGCUUAUACACAAUGUCAUUCCACUUCGUUUAAGCUUUUUGAAAUUCGAUACGAAAAAUUUAAAUCGUUUAAAUAAGAUGGCACAAAUUCCCGAAUGUCCGGAAAGUCUAAAGAAGAUUCAACAUCAUCUAAAAAUUGCUUUAGAGCACGAUUCUAAAGAUCCAGUUAUCAGUUAUUGGUGUCGGCUAUAUGCUCUGCAAGCUGCAUUGACCUUAGACAAAUCAUCGAAAGACGCGAAAAUGUUUUUAGUGUCUCUAAUGGACUGGUUGGAAAAACAAAAAAAUAAUUUAAAAGAUAAUGACAUGAUCACAAACGAGACUGCUGCACAAGCACACAUAGAAAAUUAUGCAAUAAAAUUGUUUAAUUUUGCAGAUGGAAUGGAUCGUCAGGCAAAUUAUAAUAAGAAUAUAGUUAAAUUGUUUUUCACUGCUGGACUACUCAUGGACGUUUUAAGUGUAUUUGGGGAUGUUUCCGAAGAGAUCACAAAUACUCAAAAAUAUGCAAAAUGGAAGGCUACAUACAUACAUAAUUGCAUGAAAAAUGGCGAGACUCCCACACCUGGACCACCAAAUACAGAAAGUGGACAAAUUGGUUUCAACUUUCCAAAUCAAGGAGAAGACAUUCAACAACCUACAGAUAAUUGUGCUCCUCUAACUCCUACUAAACAUACAUACGAAGAUUAUCCUGCAUCAAAUCCUAAUGAAUAUCAACAAAUAUCCAACAUGUCUACAAUCAGUCCAACAGAAGUACAGCCAACUGUAUCAGGAAGACCAAUCUUACUCAGAGAUGGAAUACAACUGUCGCCGUCACAAAUCACUAAAGCACAGAAAUAUUGCAAGUUUGCUGCUAGUGCAUUAACCUACGAUGAUGUUUCUGAGUCCAUUGCAAAUUUACAAAAAGCACUGAAAUUACUAACCACUGGUGAAGAUUCAUAGUUAUUAAUUACUAAUUAUUAUAAUAGUAUUCAUAAUAUGUAAACAUUGUUUUAAAUUAUUAUCUUUAUUUUUAAUAUACAUGAUGUUUAAUUGGUCAAAAAAACAAAAAACUAUGUAAGAAUUAAUUUACACCCUACACACAAAUUAUUUACAUAGGUACUAACAUAAAUGACUAGAAUGAAUGAACACAAAAAUUUGUUAUCUUAUUUUGGAGGGAUGGAACAGGGGUUGUGUUUCCCAAGCUUUAGUUAAAACAAAUCCUUACAAUAAUUAAUGUGCAAAAAUUUUAAUAAAAAUGAGCUAAGUUUGGGAAAAGUUA